AAAAGAGAUGGAUCCAACCUUUUAUAAGGCUGCAGUGGAAGGCAACACCGGAGAGGGCAACGACUUCCUACCACAGUUGAUUGGCGAUGAAGAAAUUGGCUAUCAAAUCACUCAGAAAGGCAACACAGUCAUCCACGUCGCAGCCCUUUAUGGCCACUCCGAUUUCGUCCAACGAGUCCUCACUAUUUCCCCGGCAUUGUUAUGCCGUCAGAACAAGAAACAUGAGACAGCACUUCACGUAGCAGCUAACGAGGGUCAUGCUGAAGUUGUCCGCGUGCUGCUCAGUGAAGGACGACGAGAGGCAAAGCAGAUCAUGAUGCGGAUGACAGAUGACAAUGGAGAUACGGCCUUGCACAAAGCUGUGAGGAAGCGACAUUUUGGUGUGGUCACUCUCUUGGUGAAAGAAGAUCCUGAGUUCGAAUUUCCAGCAAACAAUGCUGGGGAGACACCUCUGUAUCUGGCUGCGGAGUCUAAUUUUGUGGGUGCUUUGCAUGAAAUCUUGGAACACUGCAAGAAACCAUCUUAUUCAGGACCAUGUCAACGAAACCCUAUGCAUGCAGCAGUCAUAUUCAAAUACCCCAGGCAUAAUGAUAAAGCAUUUGCUACAAAUUGGUCGAUUUGGAAGACGGGACGUGAAGAUAAAACUGAAGAACAAGAAAAAGCCAAUGACAGAGAAUGAGAAGGAAAAAAGGAAGGAGAAGGCUGAAAAAGUGAAGGAUAAAUUUAUGACGGUAGCUUAAACACAUCUAGUUGUGGCCACACUAAUAGUUACAAUUACCUUCGCAGCUGGUUUCACAUUGCCAAGAGGAUUUGACAGCAAUCCCGGCCCUAAUCAAGG